CAUAACAUGUACAAAUAUAUGUGAGUUUGCGUGAAAAUGGCGAACAGGCAGGAAGAAAACGAGCCCUUAUUGAACAAUCAAUGUCUAGAAGAAUAUCACGAUGAAGAAGAACUCAUACCAACCGCCAUUCCUGUAGCAAAUUUCCAAGAUGCAGAUCUCGGUCCGCCCUUGGAGCCUCCCCCCUUCGAUGCGACACCCCCUCCACCUGUCAUGCCCGGGGAGGAGCCCCCACCAUACACCCCUGGACCCCCAGGAGCUAUGCCCAUGAUCAACUGUAGAGUAUGUCAAGCUAUGAUCAGCUUGGAAGGGAAGAUGCAUCAACAUGUCGUCAAGUGUAGUGUAUGUCAUGAAGCAACGCCUAUAAAGGAAGCACCACAAGGAAAGAAGUAUGUGAGGUGCCCGUGUAAUUGCCUUCUCAUCUGUAAGGCAUCAUCAAAGCGUAUUGCAUGCCCGAGGUCUAAUUGCAAACGCAUCAUCAACCUCCAGUCUGCGAUGUUCCCUGCUAAUGCUAGUGCUCCAUCAACUCUCACUACCAUCUCUGGCUACAGGGUCGUGUGUGCACACUGCAACCAGUGGUUCAGGUUUCCUCAUCACUACGCCUUGGCCAGAUGUCCUUACUGCCGGAAAGUUUCUUCAGUUGGGCCAAGUUAUGCUAAGAAUCGGUGCAUAGUGUACGCUGUGUUGGGCAUCGUCUUUCUAGCAGCUGGCAUUGGAGUCACAAUUGCAACGAUGGAGUUGGCUAAGAAUCAAGGAGGCAUUUACUUUGUGUGGAUAAGUGCCUUUAUCGUGGCCAUCUUGAAUUUCAUGAGGUCUUGCUACUACGGCAGCAUGAAAGUGAGUAACAUAGAGAAUGAAGGAUAACUGGGCGAACACUGGCGGGGCUGACUGGACAUGGACAACCCCCCAGCUACCAGGAAAUCACGUCAAGCAUAUGAACCUGAAGGUUAUUCUCAUCAUGAUUUACCCUGCCAUUGGGUUCCUGGAACAAUUGAAAUUCCUAAUCUUGAGUUCCUGAACGGAUUGACAUUGUAAAGCAGAAUCUAGCUCUUAUAAAGUGAUCUCAUAGAAUUCUACUUGUAAUGUUUACAUGCUUUGAGUCAUUGGACUAUGUACCCAAGUGAACACAAGUAAUUUAUCAUCUGGGAGAUUCCAUGUUGGGAAAAAUAAAGGGAUGUUUUGACGACAUUUUCCACCCAACUGAUAAAUCCAAUCAUUGGUGAUAUAUUGUAUUUUGAUCAUGAUGGAUUGAUGUGAGAACAUAACAAUAGUUGAUGGUCAUUGAGAGAUUCUUCAUCCUAAGCAUAUGAGACACAGAAAUGUUCAAUGUGUGCCCAAUUCUCUUUUUAUUUCAAUCCCCCCACCCCCCAAAAAAGAAAAAAGUAGAGAUGACUCGCUAUAUUAAGUGACCAAUGAUUAAAGUAUCACUUUGUGCAUUGUAUCGUUUCCCCCAAAAACAAGUCUUCGUUAAUUAUAUGUGUGAUAAGUAUAGGCUUGAAACUACUUCAUAAUGUCCUUCUUUAAUAGAAAUCUAUUGAUUUGUACUGUUACUCACAAUCGAUCUGUAUAUAAAGGUCAACAAACUUUACAUGAUAUAUUAGAAAGUUUGGAUGACCUUUGUCUAGUUUAUAUAUCAUCCUUCCUGACCUAUGACCUUCAUAGCUCAUUAGGAAAAAUAAAUCAUCCUGUAUGUAUAGUUAAAACUAAUUUUUAUUGUAAUCAAGUACUUGUCCUAUCCUGCGACAUGUUAUUGUUGGACCUUUGGAGCACGUUCUAAAAGAUCAGACACUGAUGAAUAUUGGGACUGACUUGAAAACGUCUAAAAGACCAACAACACCAGUAGUAUAGCGAAUGAACAACACCCUGAGUCAAUCUAUGUUGUUGAUUAUAUGCUUGUUUGGGGUUGGUUUUUUCGAUGUAACAGGGCUAAGACAUGUUAUUUUGUAACAUGAAUUUUACCUGAAAAAAAUUGAUCAUUCCAUUCGAUAGUUUAGCAAUUUCCAAACAGCUUCUUAGUGAUUUGGUGUUAUUGACUUGCAUACCAAGUAAUGAGAGAAAAGAAAUUCAAACCUACACUGUAGUAAAAAAUCAAAAAAAUCUGAAAUUUGAUGUUGAGUGUGAUACAAGUCUCUUGUUACAUACCAUAUAUAAAAUCAUUGAGACAUCCCCUCAUUAUUAUCCAUUUAUAGUCUUUGAUAUCACUUAUUUAGCAUGGAAAGUUCAGAUUACUUAUAUAUCUGGUACUUAUUACUCCCCAAGAAUGUUCUAUGGGGAAAAAAUGAAAGCCUUUAGAAAAAUAUUCUUGAAAUCUUUUUUCUUAAUGACAGUCAAACCUGUCUUUAGUGGCCACCUCUCAUGUAAAGGCCACCUGUUUAUAGAGGCCAUGCAUUUUUGUCUCCCUCGAGAGAUAAAUGUGUGUUGUAGAACCUGUCUAGAAAGACCACCUGUUUACAGUGGCCACUUCCUGUCUUUCCCUUUGGUGGCCUCAAUAGACAGGUUUGACUGUCGUUAUUUUUUAAGAUGAUCUAUUUCUACAAAUAGAAGACAGCGUCAUCGUUUUCACCAUUUCCUUCUGUAUUAAUCUUGUUUGCAAAGAGAUAAGGGUCACAUGAUGCAGACAGGAUGUAGUUAUUCUAUCAUUGUAAUCUUCUCACAGUCGACUGCUUAUCCUUUUUAAUAGAAGUUUUAUAUAGUGUAGUCAGGCUUGAAAUGAGACAAUUUCUUGAUAAUAUUUUCUUAAUAAAAUUUGAAAUAAUUUGACUGUUUUUUUUAUGGAGCAAAGUUCAAAUAAAAGAAUUUGUGUACAUAUGAUAUCCUAAGCUACAGGUUCAAUCUAUCCAAGUGAAUGAUUUUAUAUUUACCUUGGAUGCUCAGUUACCAACUGAAUUGUUUAUACCCCUUGUAAAUGUUAUGUUUUUGUGUUUUCGUAACUCGAGAAUGAAAGGUGGACUGGUUGAAUGAGGGCCUUUGUUGAAUACUUAUGUUCAGUAAGCUUUAAUUUGUCACAUUUUCAAGAAACCUAUUUCAGGGAAAAAUCAAUUUUUUACAUACUUUGUAAGGGCAUAUAAAUUACAAAACAUGGUAAGGGUAUGAAUAAUUUAGUUGUUAACUGUAUGUAGAUUUAGAAAAAUACCUGAUAAUGUUUGAUACAUCUUCUAUAAGCGUAUGAUUCUGUGUUUUUACAGUGAGUGGAUUGUCUGUUUUGAUAGGCCAUUCACAUCAUAAUGGACUUAUACCAUAGUUUGAGCCGAAUCGAUUGUGCAAGAAGCUUGGACACAUACAUAAAAGUACGUCCCAACCCAUGCCCAAAAUGGGACCAAGGCUGCUUGAAAAAUGAAAAUAUGCUCAUGAUUGGAUCUGGAGAAAUUUUGGUGUCUAAUUUCUCAACUAUUGGGCCAAAGAAUAACCUCAUUUGAGCAAUGAAACUAAAACAUGGCAUGAUGUCUACAUUAUGUUAGAACCAUUUGUUGCCACACUUGAAAUGCAAUUUCAAAUGAUUUAUAUCAUUUAUUUACAUGGAAAGUCAGAAAAUGGCAUCAAUUACCCUGUUGAAAUGGCCACUCCACCCACUUUGAAGCCAGUUUUUCAAAUUGCUACUCUAUUUUUCUUAUUAUGCAAAUCAGUAGAAUCUUUGAUUGUAAUGUGAGAGUUCAUGUAGUGCUUAUUAUAAAGCACUGACUUUUGUUUACUUACUAAAUGCCGCAGCAUAUUCUGAUGGUUAUAUGCGUCUUUUUCUAUCUGUAUAUAUGUAAUGAAAAAAAAAAAGUUUUGUAAAUACUGACAGAGCUCUAUAUUAUGUUAAUUAAAUGCAUUUAAAGUGAUGUUUUAUUACUUCUUUCAUUGAUGUAACCUUACGUAAUGAUCCCUUAAAUUAUGUGCUCCUCUUAAUGUGUGUAGCAUUUUGAUAUUGGAGCUAUUAACAUGCCAGGCAUAUGUAUAUUCACUUAACUGGCAAAUUGAAUUUAAGUAAUAAAAAUAGUAACACAUGAAACAUAUUCAACUCCAUUUUCAUUUAUACAUCUUGGUAUAGAUACAUAAUUAUCUUCCUCUUUACCUUCUAUAUAGGUUUUUUUGUCACAAUAUUAAUUCUUAAUCAAAAUUGAGUGAUUCUUUUCUGUUCUCCAAGGGAAGUGAAACUUGCAGAUAUAAUAUACUCAUUCCUUGUUUAACCGUAUAAUUUAUCAUGUAUUUUUGUUGGCUUUCACUUUAGAAUUGUAUUUCUUCGGGGAAUUAUUCAAGACACGUGUAGACUGCUUACCCCCAGUAUGUUAUGAUUAUUCUAAUCAAUUAGAUUGAAAUUUGUAUUCUUCGAAACAUGGAAGAGGAACUCUUUGCAGCUUUAGUACACUCUUAAAGCCCUGGUUAGAUCAAAACAUUCAAUGUCUGCAUGAAACUUCUCUAAUGGAGUUUUAUCUGAUGUUAUGAAAUAUUUUUUCCUUUCAAGGGGAAGUCCCCCCUGAUAUUAAGUUGAUUUUAAUAGAAGCAGAAUUUGAGAGGAACAGGUCAGUGAAAUAGGUAUAUCUUGAUGCAUGUAAACGUGCCUAAUAUCUCUCUCAUUACAAAUUUUUGCAUUUGUUACUUUUUUAUUUCUUGGAUGUUUUGACAAACUGUCCGUUCUUCAAUGUGAUACCAGUGUAAAAUCCAAUUACUGAUAUACUCUUCUUAUGUUAUUUAAAAGUGGUUCAUAAUCUUCACAAUUAGAAAUAUAAUAGUAUACGCACCCAGUUUUAUAUUCGCACUAACAUUUGUCAAUACAGGAAAAAUUAUGAACAUUUGCAUUAUUUUAUGCUGCAUUUGAUUACCAUACAGACUAAUUAUGUCAAAUCAACAUUUGAAAAAGUAUAUUUCAGGUGUAAUAUAUGAUCUGAUGAGCAGAGAUAGUAGACUCAAUAAUAGUGGUAGAUAGUGUUUUCGCGUGACUUAUAUAGUCUUAUUUUUAUAGAGGAAGACAUUUUGGAUGUUGAGCUAUAUACAUGUAUUCUACAGUGCUGCACUGUGUAAGCAUACAUUCCAUACAAUAUUUGUAUCCACACUCAUAUGAUAUGUGCAUGCAGUUGAGUAUCAAGGGCUGUAUUCAAUUCAGUAUGCAGAUAAAGUUGGUAUUUUACUAAGGAUUUUACUUGGCUAUUAAAAGUUAUAUGUUUUAACUUGUAUUCAGGUCAUAUCUGAGCAUAUCUAGUCAACUUUAAGGCAGAACACUUACUGAUAAACUUUGUGAUCAAUGGUGAAUCCAAAAUUAUGCGCAAGUAACGGGGCCCAUUAAAUGCGCUCUAUUACAAUUGUGCCAAUCAAGGCCUCCAAAAUUAUUGGCUUUAGUCUGCUCAGGAGCUGUCUUAAACUUGGGGUACAAUACUUGGCCAAAAGCUUCAACUGAAUACCAAAAAUGGCUAAGUAUUCUAUCUAAGCUGAAAACUUAGUAAAAUACUCCAAUACUGACAUAUAAGUAUUGAAUUGAAUACUGUCCUAGAUUGAUAAUUCAAAUCAAAGUCUUGGUGAAGACGGUUAGGCUAACUCUUCAGAAUACAUGCACCAUGAAAGGAUUGUAGUAUAAGCGUCUUUUUUUCAAGUCAAGUUGAAGUGCAUUCAUUACCCUCACUUAUAUUACCAGUAUUUAGUGCCAUAGGAAUAACACUAACCACAGUAUGAUGAUUUCCUCUUUAGUCGCAGGCAAUCGUAAUGGUUUUACUUUUAGGGCCAUUUAAAAUCGCUCUUGCUUGAUUCGUGUUUGUGUAUAAAGGCUUUGAGGUUAAAUAAUUUUCAUUAAAAAAUUAAUAAGUAAAGAUCAGUGCUUGAAUCAUGGCUAUGUGUUUAUGUCCUAGGAAAGUGCAUUUUAUUUACAGUUGCCUCUCUCAACACAGGUAGACUACAAUGAUACCUGGUAGGAUUUCUUUCUAGUAUUGUUAUCCUCGCUGAUAACUGCUUCCAUUCCUAAAGUUGGUGAUAGUUGGCAGUAUUGGAUAUAAGGUUAAGUACUUUUUGUCAAAUUUUAAAUUUGCUCAUUGAAGCAGCCGGUGCUGAAAGGUGCAGAAAUAAUAUAUUACAUUGGAAGUGUUUCUAAAGUAAGAUUGUACAUGUCCAGUAGUAUUACAUCCUGUUUUAUUAUGAGGAAGUUAUUUCAAUCUUAUAAUUCAUACACUUUGUGGAAGCAUGAGUCGAUUUCAUAUCCAAUUAUUCAGAUUAAUUGCAGCUAUUCAUAACAGUCAUAUUCAGAAUAGAUCAUUACAUGUAUGUUUAUUUUCUGGUGUGCAUGCGAUUGUAAUUUCCAUUGUCAAAAUUUUGACUAUGAUUAGAACUUAAUGGAUCUCAUCAAUGAUUGUGGCAAAUUUGAAGGAAAGAUACAUGAUGUGGGUAGUGUAUUGAUAUUGUUCGUUGAGAACCAGAAAGAUGUUUCUAAUGUUUCGAGUGUUGAUAGCACCUUUGUGGUUUAAAAACACUUUGUUUAGUCCCCUUCUUGCUCAAAAAGAAAUAUUUGCAAGGAACACAUUAAUUAAAUUGUAAAACCAAAAACAUUUCUUUGAAAGAAAGACAAAAAUGGCAAUUAAUCCCAAGUUACAAGAGCUUUUUGCCUCGUAAAAGGUCACAGUAUAAAGUUUUUUGUUUAUAAAAACGGUUUCAUGUCAAAAAAAGUUUCUGCAUUUGCAGUAAUCUGCUCUUGGUUUGACGAUACACGUGUUACACAGCGCUCAACACUACAGGUGCCCGGGACACAUGAGCGCCCAAAAUCUAAGUUCAGAACCCCCCCCCCCCCCCCCCAUUUUAAAGUUUUUCUAUAGGGCUCAUACAUACAGACAGUAAAAAGUCAAUCCAGACCCCCUUCUAAAUGUUACUGUGGAGCCCUGUGUUACAUGGAUGGAUUAUAUCUCAAAUUUAAAGGAAUAUUGAAAGGUAACUAUCAAAAGAGUAGAACAAUAAGUCAAUAUCUCCAUACCUCUACCCUCAAAUUUCUUUCUGGUUAUCACCAGUGAGACAAAUGGCAGAUGGCAGGUUCCAAGAUUUUUACCAACUUGUUUUCAAUUACAAGAUCCAGCACGCCAUCUUUAUUUACUGGUUGCAAGCCAACAAUUUCUUUACACAAAUUGAAAUUACUCCAAGGAAGCAUCACAUUUACAGGUGUUUUUAUUUAUUUCACCAGUCCUUCCUUCUCUUUCACCAUCCUGUAUCAUUUCUGUUGAAUAUGUCUGUUUUAUCCUAUCUUUGUUUGUUGUAUCUUUCUCAUGCGUAUUGUUGUACAGUCAUUGAAAUGAAUGAUAAGGAAUGGCAUAUGAAUGUAAUGAUUUUAGUCAUUUCGAUGGUUUUUCUUUUGACAUUUUUAUAUUGCAAGGAAGACUUCUUGUAAUAGGAGUCUUUAAUAAUGUAGUGGUACUAAAUGCAUUAAUACAAUUAAAAAUCUUACAAUCAA